AUGGUUGAUACCGACAAUAACCAUCUGGUCGGAAUUAUCGACUGGGCCGAAGCAGAGAUUGGUCCCUUCGGAACGAACCUCCAUUCUCUCCAGCAGUUCAUGAGCAAAUAUCGCCUUGGUGUUGGCUGGAUUCGAUAUGGUAACUAUGACACUUUGAACAACUUUUGGAAUAUCCUUUCCGCAGACACUCGGGGUCUCGAGAAGGAGACAUUCCGAACAAUAAAAUCUGCAAUGAUUGUGGGCCUUUUGCUUUCCCAUGGAUUUACAAGCCGCCUUGCCAACAUGCCGAAGCCUGAGCCCAUCCGCGACGACAAAAGCGGAGCUUACAAAAUGCUUGGUUUGGAUGGUUUACUUAUCGUUCCUGCUACGAGUAUUGUGAAUUAG